CGCCGUCGGAUGUAGAAUUUGGUGCCCCUCUUGCGAAAGUCACGUGAUCGAUGGCUGCCGAGGUAGCUUAAACGGAGAACCCUAGUCACUCCACUAGUUCAUUGCAGCGCCGCUCGCUCCCGACCAACGGAUUCCUCCAGGAACGAGCUGUGUUCUUUUUGAUAAAACAAGGCGGGAGAAAAGCGAAGGCGUCGCAACUUUCUCUUAUAUCUGAAGAGUGUUUCGAUUAGACCGGAGCCAGACGAGCUUCUUAUCGCAUGGCUCAGCUGCGAGCUCUUUCUUCAUGCUCCGUCCCUCAAAUCUCCUUCAAUGGAAUCAAGAAAUCCCACGGGUUCCAGAGCUGUGAAAAUAAUGGCCUAAAAACGUUCAGUUUUUGUCAGAAGAUAGGUUUUGCAUCCAGUGGCUUCUGUGGAGGCCAUCCAACCAUUCAGCAUGGUACAUGCAAAAAAUCCAAUUCUCGUGUGCAUGUUAUCCAGAGUAUUCUGGCAGAUGAAAAUGGAAGUCCAACGGGAGCUGUUAAAGAUUUUGUUUUGACUAAUGAAGAGGCGAAUUUGUCGGGAAAGACCGAUGCUUAUGGUAGCCCAAAUGGGAGUGGAAAACGUGGAAAAUUGAACAAAGUUGUUUUGGCCUACAGUGGUGGCCUGGAUACUUCAGUUAUAGUACCAUGGCUAAGGGAAAACUAUGGAUGCGAGGUUGUCUGCUUUACUGCUGAUGUUGGUCAGGGUUUAAUGGAGAUGGAUGGAUUGGAAAAAAAAGCAAAAGCAAGUGGUGCAAGCCAACUUAUUGUCAAGGAUUUGAAGGAGGAAUUUGUCAGAGAAUACAUAUUCCCUUGUCUGCGAGCUGGUGCAGUAUAUGAAAGAAAAUACUUGCUUGGUACUUCAAUGGCUCGUCCUGUAAUUGCCAAGGCAAUGGUUGAUGUUGCUAAAGAUGUUGGUGCAGAUGCUGUAUCACAUGGAUGCACAGGGAAAGGAAAUGAUCAGGUUCGAUUUGAGCUUACUUUCUUUGCUCUGAAUCCUGAAUUAAAAGUUGUGGCACCCUGGAGGGAGUGGGAAAUCCAAGGGAGGGAAGAUGCUAUUGAAUAUGCAAAGAAGCACAACAUUCCUGUACCUGUUUCCAAAAAGUCAAUUUACAGUAGAGAUCGAAACCUGUGGCAUCUCAGCCAUGAAGGAGAUAUUUUGGAAAACCCAGCAAAUGAGCCUAAGAAGGACAUGUACGUGCUGACCGUUGAUCCUGAAGAUGCACCCAAUCAACCUGAGUACGUCGAAAUCGGUAUAGUGUCAGGCAUACCGGUCUCCGUCAACGGCAAGGAACUCUCUCCCGCUUCUCUUCUUUCAGAACUAAAUGAAAUAGGCGGGAGACAUGGUAUUGGUAGAGUGGACAUGGUUGAGAACCGACUCGUCGGCAUGAAGAGCCGCGGCGUCUAUGAGACUCCGGGUGGCACCAUUAUGUACGUAGCUGCCCGAGAACUGGAAUCCCUGACACUCGACCGAGAGACCAUUCAAAUGAAAGAUACGAUCGCUCUCAAGUACGCCGAGCUAGUAUAUGCUGGCAGGUGGUUCGAUCCCCUUCGAGAGUCGAUGGACGCUUUCAUGGAGAAGAUAACCGAGACCACAACAGGUUCAGUUACCUUGAAAUUGUACAAAGGGUCUGUGACGGUCGCCUCGCGGAAGAGCCCGCAGAGCUUGUACAGGGAGGACAUCUCAUCUUUUGAGACAGGCAGUAUCUACAACCAGGCUGAUGCAGCUGGCUUCAUUCAGCUCUAUGGGUUGCCCAUAAGAGUGAGAGCAAUGCUUGAGAAGGGUGUCUGAAAAUCACAAGGGCUAGACGCUUUUGCUGGAAUGCUUGAUGAGCACAAGAGUUUAAUCUUUAGAUGUUUUUGGUUGUGAGGCUUGGCAUACUAGUUGGUGAUAUUACUAAUUAUGCCACUCUAAACUAAGCAUAAUUAGCUAUUUUAUUUAUUCUGUUUAGUUGUUUAUUUUUUCAUGAGAAUAAAGAAUGGUUUGCCAAAUGACUCCAACAGCAAAGAUCAACAAAAUGGAUUUC